AGCCGGGCCCCCAUCCCUCCCGGGUCAUUUUGGAGUUCCCCCAAAACCCAAACCCAAACGAACCUCACUCAUCACUUCCAAAAAUGAAGUGCCCAUACUGCCCGUCGGCGCAGGGGCGGUGCGCCACCACGAGCUCAGGCCGGUCGAUAACGGAGUGCGCCUCCUGCGGCCACGUCAUCGAGGAGCGUCAAUCCCAGCCUCACCACUUCUUCCACCUCCGCUCCCAAGACAACCCUCUCUGCCUCGUCACCUCCGACCUCCCCUCCCAUCUCGAAAACGACGAGAACGACCCGUUCGAGCCCACCGGGUUCAUCACCGCCUUCUCUACCUGGUCCAUCGAGCCCAACCCCCUCUUCCUCCGCUCCUCCAUCUCCUUCUCCGGCCACCUCGCCGAGCUCGAGCGAACUCUCGAAUCUUCUUCUUCGUCCUCUUCGUCGUCGACCGUCGUGGUCGAUAAUCUCAGGGCGUACAUGCAGAUUAUCGACGUGGCGUCGAUUCUCGGGUUGGAGUACGAGAUAUCGGACCACGCGUUUCAGCUAUUUAGGGAUUGUUGCUCCGCUACUUGUUUGAGGAAUCGGAGCGUGGAGGCACUCGCCACUGCUGCGCUUGUCCAAGCCAUUAGGGAGGCCCAAGAGCCCAGAACUCUCCAGGAAAUUUCAAUUGCAGCCAAUGUACCUCAGAAGGAGAUUGGGAAGUACAUCAAGAUACUUGGUGAAGCGCUACAACUAAGUCAGCCCAUUAAUAGCAAUUCCAUAUCAGUCCACAUGCCACGGUUUUGCACACUUCUCCAACUCAACAAAUCUGCUCAGGAGCUUGCAACUCACAUUGGAGAAGUUGUUAUUAAUAAGUGCUUCUGCACUCGGAGGAACCCCAUAAGCAUAUCUGCUGCCGCUAUUUAUUUGGCCUGCCAACUAGAAGACAAACGCAAAACCCAGGCAGAGAUUUGUAAGGUGACAGGCCUCACUGAGGUCACCCUCCGUAAGGUCUACAAGGAGUUGUUAGAGAAUUGGGAUGACUUACUCCCAUCUAAUUAUACUCCAGCUGUUCCUCCAGAGAGAGCAUUUCCCACAACUGUGAUUGCUUCAGGCCGUUCUUCAGCACCUAAAGGUGAUUUAGUUGAAGGGAAUUCUUCAUUGGAGAGAGAAAAGCUGCAGGAAAUUAAAGUUAAUAAACCAGACGAGGUUCCAGACAUGGGUCAUCAGGCCAGAGCAAAAGAGGAAGCUGAAAGUAGAGGUAACUCUCAAGGGCCCUCUAACCCAGUGUUGAACCAACCAACUGCAUUUUGGCAAGCUCAGGCUACAAUUGGAACUUCUGGUCCUAGGGGAGACAACAAUCAGAAUAUCACACAAGGAACAGACAUCAAUGAACUGCACUCUAACAGUCAAGAGUUAGAGCAAAAAGUAGAUAAGGAUGCAAAUGGUGCUACUAAUUCCCUAAAGCCUAACCAGCUUUCAAGUCCCCCAGCUUCAAGUGGGGGUUCAGUCAUGCAUGUUUGGUCUCCUUAUAUGUCUCAGCCUCCCAAUAUUCCAGUUGUUAAGCCACCAAAGGUAGAGCGAGACUCCAAUCAGAAUAUCACUCGAGGAACAGACAUCAAUCGACUGCACUCUAAUCAUCAAGAGUUAGAGCACAGGGUAGAUAAGGAUGCAAGUGGUACUGAUUCCCUAAAGCCAAACCAGCUUUCAAGUCCCCCAACUUCAAGUGCAAGUUCUGUCACGCAGGCUUGGUCCUCAUAUAUGUCUCUGCCUCUAAAUAUUCCAGUUGUUAAGCCACCAAAGGUAGAGGGAGACAACAAUCAGAAUAUCACUCGAGGAACAGACAUCAAUCGACUGCACUCUAACCAUCAAGAGUUAGAGCACAGGGUGGAUAAGGGCGCAAAUGGUGCUACUAAUUCCCUGAAGCCAAUCCAGCUUUCAAGUCCCCCAGGUUCAAGUGCAAGUUCAGUCAUGCAAGCUUGGUCCUCAUAUAUGUCCGAGCCCCUACAUAUUCCACCAAAUGUAGUGCGAGACAACCAUCAAGGAACAGACAUCAAUCGACUGCACUCUAACCAUCAAAUGUUAGAGCACAAGGUUGUUAAGGGUGCAAAUGGUGCUACUAAUUCCCUAAAGCCAAACCAGCUUUCAAGUUCCCCAACAUUAAAUGUGAGUUCAAUCCAUCAUCAGUAUUGGUCCUCAUAUAUGCCCAAGCCUCAAAGCAUUCCUUGUCAGAAUAUCACCGGAGGAACAGACAUCAAUGAACUGCACUCUAUUCGGCAAGAGUUAGGGCACAACAUAUUAGAUGAGGAUGCAAAUGGUGCUACUAAUUCCUUAAAGCCAAACCAGCUUUCAAGUUCCGCAAUUUCAAGUGAGAAUUCAGUCAUGCAGGUUUGGUCCUCAUAUAUGUCUCAGCCUCUAAAUAUUCCAGUUGUUAAUGUAGUACGAGACAACAAUCGGAACAUCACUCGAGGAACAAACAUCAAUCAACUGCACUCUAACCGUCAAGAGCUAGAGCACAAGGUAGAUAAGGGAGCAAAUGGUGCUACUAAUUCCCUAAAGCCAAACCAGCUUUCAAGUCCCCCAACUUCAAGUUCGAGUUCGGUCGGGCAGUAUUGGGCCCCGUAUAUGUCUAGGCCCCUAAAUGUUCCAGUUGUUCAGACACCAAAUGUAGUGUCAGGUUAUGCUGAACCCAAAAGAUCAGGGAGUCUAAAUGGAAGCAGAAGUGCCAAUCAGUGUGGGGAUAAAUAGUGGCAGAAGUGGAUUCUGUCUUGCCCCUAUGGUGUAUAUAUCUGUAUAAUAUGGAGAGUAAAGUUUCUUAUGAGUAUUUUUUUUAAUUGUUCAGUUCUUAUAACAGUUCAUUGCGAAAUUGAGAAUGUUUCAUUGCCAAAUUGAGAAUGUUUCAUGUUUUGGAAAAGUUCUGUGGUUUAGUUAAGGAGGGUGACAUGUAACUGCUAACUACUUAUUUUUGUUGUUUAUGAUUGCUUGUCUC